GCUGAGGCUGAGAUUUGGCCGCCGCCUCCCCCACCCGGCCUGCGCCCUCCGCGGCCCGGCCCGCGCUCCUGCGCUCGCUCCUCGCUGGCUCGCCUGCUCGCAGCCGCCGGCCCGACCCCCGUCCGGGCCGCGUCGUGCCGCCCGCGCUCGGGGCUGUUUCCGCGAGCAGGUGAAGAUGGCCGAGAACUUGCUGGACGGACCGCCCAACCCCAAACGAGCCAAACUCAGCUCCCCCGGCUUCUCCGCGAAUGACAGCACAGAUUUUGGAUCAUUGUUUGACUUGGAAAAUGAUCUUCCUGAUGAGCUGAUCCCUAAUGGAGAAUUAAGCCUUUUAAACAGUGGGAGCCUUGUUCCAGAUGCUGCAUCCAAACAUAAACAACUGUCGGAGCUUCUUAGAGGAGGCAGCGGCUCUAGCAUCAACCCAGGGAUAGGAAAUGUGAGUGCCAGCAGCCCUGUGCAACAGGGCCUUGGUGGCCAGGCUCAAGGGCAGCCCAACAGUACAAACAUGGCCAGCCUGGGUGCCAUGGGCAAGAGCCCUCUGAACCAGGGAGACUCAUCAACCCCUAGCCUGCCCAAACAGGCAGCCAGCACCUCUGGGCCUACCCCGCCUGCCUCCCAAGCACUGAAUCCUCAAGCACAAAAGCAAGUGGGGCUGGUGACCAGUAGCCCUGCCACAUCACAGACUGGACCUGGGAUCUGCAUGAAUGCUAACUUCAACCAGACCCACCCAGGCCUUCUCAAUAGUAACUCUGGCCAUAGCUUAAUGAAUCAGGCUCAACAAGGGCAGGCUCAAGUCAUGAAUGGAUCUCUUGGGGCUGCUGGAAGAGGAAGGGGAGCUGGAAUGCCCUACCCUGCUCCAACCAUGCAAGGGGCCACAAGCAGUGUACUGGCUGAGACCUUGACACAGGUUUCCCCACAGAUGGCUAGCCAUGCUGGACUGAAUACGGCGCAGGCAGGAGGCAUGACCAAGAUGGGAAUGACUGGUAACACAAGUCCAUUUGGACAACCCUUUAGUCAAACUGGAGGGCAGCAGAUGGGAGCCACUGGAGUGAACCCCCAGUUAUCCAGCAAACAGAGCAUGGUCAAUAGUUUGCCUGCUUUUCCUACAGAUAUCAAGAAUACUUCAGUCACCAAUGUGCCAAAUAUGUCCCAGUUGCAAACAUCAGUGGGAAUUGUACCCACACAAGCAAUUGCAACAGGCCCCACAGCAGACCCUGAAAAGCGCAAACUGAUACAGCAGCAGCUGGUUCUACUGCUUCAUGCCCACAAAUGUCAGAGACGAGAGCAAGCAAAUGGAGAGGUUCGGGCCUGCUCUCUCCCACACUGUCGAACCAUGAAAAACGUUUUGAAUCACAUGACGCAUUGUCAGGCUGGGAAAGCCUGCCAAGUUGCCCAUUGUGCAUCUUCACGACAAAUCAUCUCUCAUUGGAAGAACUGCACACGACAUGACUGUCCUGUUUGCCUCCCUUUGAAAAAUGCCAGUGACAAGCGAAACCAACAAACCAUCCUGGGAUCUCCAGCUAGUGGAAUUCAAAACACAAUUGGUUCUGUUGGUGCAGGGCAACAGAAUGCUACUUCUUUAAGUAACCCAAAUCCCAUAGACCCCAGUUCCAUGCAGCGGGCCUAUGCUGCUCUAGGACUCCCCUACAUGAACCAGCCUCAGACACAGCUGCAGCCUCAGGUUCCGGGCCAGCAAGCAGCACAGCCUCCAGCCCACCAGCAGAUGAGGACUCUCAAUGCCCUAGGAAACAACCCAAUGAGUAUUCCAGCAGGAGGAAUAACAACAGAUCAGCAGCCACCAAACUUGAUUUCAGAAUCAGCUCUUCCAACUUCCUUGGGGGCCACCAAUGCACUGAUGAAUGAUGGCUCAAACUCUGGUAACAUUGGAAGCCUCAGCACCAUAUCUACAGCAGCACCUCCUUCCAGCACUGGGGUUCGAAAAGGCUGGCAUGAACAUGUGACUCAGGACCUGCGGAGCCAUCUAGUGCAUAAACUCGUCCAGGCCAUCUUCCCGACUCCUGACCCUGCAGCUCUGAAGGACCGUCGCAUGGAAAACCUGGUCGCCUAUGCUAAGAAAGUAGAGGGGGACAUGUAUGAGUCUGCUAACAGCAGGGAUGAAUACUAUCAUUUAUUAGCAGAGAAAAUCUAUAAAAUACAAAAAGAACUAGAAGAAAAACGGAGGUCACGUUUACAUAAGCAAGGCAUCUUGGGUAACCAGCCAGCUUUGCCAGCUCCAGGGGCUCAGCCCCCUGUGAUCCCACCAACCCAGUCUGUGAGACCUCCAAAUGGGCCCCUGCCUCUUCCAGUGAAUCGCAUGCAGGUUUCUCAAGGGAUGAAUUCAUUUAACCCCAUGUCCCUGGGGAACGUCCAGUUGUCACAAGCACCAAUGGGACCUCGGGCAGCCUCCCCCAUGAACCAUUCUGUCCCGAUGAACAGCAUGGCCUCAGUUCCAGGUAUGGCCAUUUCUCCUUCCCGGAUGCCCCAGCCUCCGAACAUGAUGAGCACCCAUGCCAACAACAUGAUGGCCCAGGCACCCACUCAGAACCAGUUUCUGCCACAAAACCAGUUCCCAUCAUCCAGUGGGGCAAUGAGUGUGAACAGUGUCAGUAUGGGACAACCAACAGCCCAGACAGGUGUUUCACAGGGCCAGGUGCCUGCUGGUGCUCUUCCUAACCCUCUGAACAUGCUGGCACCCCAGGCCAGCCAGCUGCCCUGCCCACCAGUGACACAGUCACCAUUGCACCCAACUCCUCCUCCUGCUUCCACAGCUGCUGGCAUGCCCUCUCUCCAACAUCCAACGCCACCUGGGAUGACACCUCCCCAGCCAGCGGCUCCAACUCAGCCAUCCACUCCUGUGUCAUCUGGGCAGACUCCUACCCCAACUCCUGGCUCAGUGCCCAGUGCAGCCCAAACACAGAGUACCCCUACGGUCCAGGCAGCAGCACAGGCCCAGGUGACUCCACAGCCUCCAACCCCAGUGCAGCCACCGUCUGUGGCUACCCCUCAGUCAUCCCAGCAGCAGCCAACACCUGUGCACACUCAGCCUCCUGGCACACCGCUUUCUCAGGCAGCAGCCAGCAUUGAUAAUAGGGUCCCCACUCCCUCCUCUGUGACCAGUGCUGAAACCAGUUCCCAGCAGCCAGGACCUGAUGUACCCAUGCUGGAAAUAAAGACGGAAGCCCAGACAGAUGAUGCUGAGACCGAUCCUGGUGAAUCCAAGGGAGAACCUCGGUCUGAGAUGAUGGAAGAGGAUUUACAAGGAUCCUCUCAAGUAAAAGAAGAAACGGACACAGCAGAGCAGAAAUCAGAACCAAUGGAAGUAGAAGAAAAGAAACCCGAAGUAAAAGUGGAAGCUAAAGAGGAGGAAGAGAACAGUGCUAAUGGCACAGCCUCACAGUCCACAUCCCCUUCCCAGCCACGCAAAAAAAUCUUUAAACCUGAAGAGCUACGCCAGGCACUUAUGCCAACUCUAGAAGCACUCUACAGACAGGACCCAGAGUCUUUACCUUUUCGGCAGCCUGUAGAUCCCCAGCUCCUAGGAAUCCCAGAUUAUUUUGAUAUUGUGAAGAAUCCAAUGGAUCUUUCUACCAUCAAACGGAAGCUGGAUACAGGGCAGUAUCAAGAACCCUGGCAGUAUGUGGAUGAUGUCUGGCUUAUGUUCAACAAUGCCUGGCUGUAUAAUCGUAAGACAUCCCGGGUGUAUAAAUUUUGCAGUAAACUCGCAGAGGUCUUUGAGCAAGAAAUUGACCCUGUUAUGCAGUCUCUCGGAUACUGCUGUGGACGAAAGUAUGAGUUUUCCCCACAGACUUUGUGCUGUUAUGGGAAGCAGCUGUGUACAAUUCCUCGCGAUGCAGCCUACUACAGCUAUCAGAAUAGGUAUCAUUUCUGUGAGAAGUGUUUCACAGAGAUCCAGGGCGAGAAUGUGACCCUGGGUGACGACCCUUCCCAACCUCAGACGACAAUUUCCAAGGAUCAAUUUGAAAAGAAGAAAAAUGAUACCUUAGAUCCUGAACCUUUUGUUGACUGCAAAGAGUGUGGCCGGAAGAUGCAUCAGAUUUGCGUUCUACACUAUGACAUCAUUUGGCCUUCAGGUUUUGUGUGUGAUAACUGCUUGAAGAAAACUGGCAGACCUCGGAAAGAAAACAAAUUCAGUGCUAAAAGGCUUCAGACCACACGCUUGGGAAACCACUUGGAAGACCGAGUUAACAAGUUUUUACGGCGCCAGAAUCACCCUGAAGCUGGGGAGGUUUUUGUGAGAGUGGUGGCCAGCUCAGACAAGACUGUGGAGGUCAAGCCAGGGAUGAAGUCAAGGUUUGUGGAUUCUGGAGAAAUGUCUGAAUCUUUCCCGUAUCGAACCAAAGCACUCUUUGCUUUUGAGGAGAUCGAUGGAGUCGAUGUGUGCUUUUUUGGGAUGCAUGUGCAAGAAUAUGGCUCUGAUUGCCCCCCACCAAAUACAAGGCGUGUGUACAUAUCUUAUCUGGACAGUAUUCAUUUCUUCCGGCCCCGCUGCCUCCGGACAGCUGUUUACCAUGAGAUCCUCAUUGGAUACCUAGAGUAUGUGAAGAAAUUGGGGUAUGUGACAGGACACAUCUGGGCCUGUCCCCCAAGUGAAGGAGAUGACUACAUCUUUCAUUGCCACCCCCCUGAUCAGAAAAUCCCCAAACCAAAACGACUGCAGGAGUGGUACAAGAAGAUGCUGGACAAGGCAUUUGCAGAGAGGAUCAUUAAUGACUACAAGGACAUCUUCAAACAAGCAAAUGAAGACAGACUCACGAGUGCCAAGGAGUUACCCUAUUUUGAAGGAGAUUUCUGGCCUAAUGUGUUAGAAGAAAGCAUUAAGGAGCUAGAACAAGAAGAAGAAGAGAGGAAAAAAGAAGAAAGUACUGCAGCUAGUGAGACCCCUGAGGGCAGUCAAGGUGACAGCAAGAAUGCCAAGAAAAAGAACAAUAAGAAGACCAACAAAAACAAAAGCAGCAUUAGCCGCGCCAACAAGAAGAAGCCCAGCAUGCCCAAUGUAUCCAAUGACCUGUCCCAGAAGCUGUAUGCCACCAUGGAAAAACAUAAGGAGGUCUUCUUUGUGAUUCAUCUGCAUGCUGGGCCUGUAAUUAGCACUCAGCCCCCCAUCGUGGACCCUGACCCCCUGCUCAGCUGUGACCUCAUGGAUGGGCGUGAUGCCUUCCUCACCCUGGCCAGAGACAAGCACUGGGAGUUCUCUUCCUUACGCCGCUCCAAAUGGUCCACUUUGUGCAUGCUGGUAGAAUUGCACACACAGGGCCAGGACCGCUUUGUCUACACCUGCAAUGAGUGCAAACACCAUGUCGAGACACGCUGGCACUGCACUGUGUGUGAGGACUAUGACCUUUGUAUCAAUUGCUACAACACCAAGAGCCACACCCAUAAGAUGGUGAAGUGGGGGCUAGGCCUAGACGAUGAGGGCAGCAGUCAAGGUGAGCCACAAUCCAAGAGCCCCCAGGAGUCCCGGCGUCUCAGCAUCCAACGCUGCAUCCAGUCCCUGGUCCAUGCCUGCCAGUGUCGCAAUGCCAACUGCUCUCUGCCAUCUUGCCAGAAGAUGAAACGAGUCGUGCAGCACACCAAGGGUUGUAAGCGCAAGACUAAUGGAGGAUGUCCAGUAUGCAAGCAGCUCAUUGCUCUUUGCUGCUACCACGCCAAACACUGCCAAGAAAAUAAAUGCCCUGUGCCCUUCUGCCUCAACAUCAAACACAAGCUCCGCCAGCAGCAGAUCCAACAUCGCCUGCAACAGGCCCAGCUCAUGCGCCGGCGAAUGGCUACCAUGAAUACCCGCAAUGUGCCUCAGCAGAGUUUGCCUUCUCCUACCUCAGCACCACCCGGGACCCCCACGCAGCAACCCAGCACACCCCAAACACCACAGCCCCCUGCCCAGCCUCAGCCUUCACCUGUAAACAUGUCACCAGCUGGCUUCCCUAAUGUAACCCGGACUCAGCCCCCCACGAUAGUGUCUGCUGGGAAGCCUACCAACCAGGUGCCAGCUCCCCCACCCCCUGCCCAGCCCCCACCUGCAGCAGUGGAGGCAGCUCGGCAAAUUGAGCGCGAGGCCCAGCAGCAGCAGCACCUGUACCGAGCAAACAUCAACAAUGGCAUGCCCCCAGGGCGUGCAGGUAUGGGAACCCCAGGGAGCCAGAUGGCCCCUGUGGGCCUGAAUGUGCCCCGUCCCAACCAAGUCAGUGGGCCUGUCAUGUCUAGCAUGCCACCUGGGCAGUGGCAGCAGGCACCCAUCCCCCAGCAGCAGCCAAUGCCAGGCAUGCCCAGGCCUGUAAUGUCCAUGCCGGCCCAGGCAGCUGUGGCUGGGCCACGGAUGCCCAAUGUGCAGCCACCAAGGAGCAUCUCGCCAAGUGCCCUGCAAGACCUGCUGCGGACCCUGAAGUCACCCAGCUCCCCUCAGCAGCAACAGCAGGUGCUGAACAUCCUCAAAUCAAACCCACAGCUAAUGGCAGCUUUCAUCAAACAGCGCACAGCCAAGUAUGUGGCCAAUCAGCCUGGCAUGCAGCCCCAGCCUGGACUUCAGUCCCAGCCUGGUAUGCAGCCCCAGCCCGGCAUGCACCAGCAACCCAGCCUGCAGAACCUGAAUGCAAUGCAAGCUGGUGUGCCACGGCCUGGUGUGCCUCCACAGCAACAGGCAAUGGGAGGCCUGAACCCCCAGGGACAGGCUCUGAACAUCAUGAACCCAGGACACAACCCCAACAUGGCAAACAUGAAUCCACAGUACCGAGAAAUGGUGAGGAGACAGCUGCUACAGCACCAACAGCAGCAGCAGCAACAACAACAGCAACAGCAACAACAAAGCAGUGCCAGCAUGGCUGGGGGCAUGGCAGGACACAGCCAGUUCCAGCAGCCGCAAGGACCUGGAGGCUACGCCCCGGCCAUGCAGCAACAACGUAUGCAACAGCACCUCCCCAUCCAGGGCAGCUCCAUGGGCCAGAUGGCUGCACCAAUGGGACAACUUGGCCAAAUGGGGCAGCCUGGGCUGGGGGCAGACAGCACCCCCAACAUUCAGCAGGCCCUACAGCAGCGAAUUCUGCAGCAGCAGCAGAUGAAGCAGCAGAUUGGGUCCCCAGGCCAGCCGAACCCCAUGAGCCCCCAGCAGCACAUGCUCUCAGGACAGCCACAGGCCUCGCAUCUCCCCGGCCAACAGAUCGCCACAUCCCUUAGUAACCAGGUGCGGUCUCCAGCCCCUGUCCAGUCUCCGCGGCCCCAAUCCCAACCUCCACAUUCCAGCCCGUCACCACGGAUACAGCCCCAGCCUUCACCACACCAUGUUUCACCCCAGACUGGUUCCCCCCACCCCGGACUCGCAGUCACCAUGGCCAGCUCCAUGGAUCAGGGACACCUUGGGAACCCUGAACAGAGUGCAAUGCUCCCCCAGCUGAAUACUCCCAACAGGAGCGCGCUGUCCAGUGAACUGUCCCUGGUUGGUGAUACCACGGGAGACACACUAGAAAAGUUUGUGGAGGGUUUGUAGCAUUAUGAGAGCAUUGGGUGUUUGUUUUUGUUUGGGGGAUUUUAUUUUAUUUUAUUUUUUUUGUUUUUUGUUUUUCCCCCCCUCCCCUUUCAUGUUCUUGGACUUUUUGUACUGAAAAUCCAGGCAUCUGGGCUCUUUUUAUUAAGCCUAGAUGGGACUGUGACUCCCAAGCAUGGAAGGGUGGAUUGAUGUUUAAAGAAACAAUACAAAGAAUAUAUUUUUUUGUUAAGAACCAGUUGAUUUAAAUAUCUGGUCGGUCUCUCUCUCUCUCUCUCUGCUUUUUCUCUCUCUCGCUCUCUUUUUUUUUUUCUUUCUUUUUUUUUUUUUUUUUUCUUUUCCUGUUUGGGGGGUGGGGGGUUGUUUGGAUUCUUUUUUGUCGUCAUUGCUGGUGACUCAUGCCUUUUUUUAAUGGGAAAAACAAGUUCAUUAUAUUCAUAUUUUUUAUUUGUAUUUUCAAGACUUAAACAUUUAUGUUUAAAAGUGAAAAGAAAAAUAAUACUCAGAAACUGGUUCCAGAAAUAAUGCAUCUUAUAAUGUGUCCCGAUAACGAGCUGAUGUUGCGGGAAGAUUUUUUUCUAUAGUGAACUCUGUGGGCAUCUCCAAGUAUUACCCCUGGACGAUAGGAAUUGACUCCGGCGUGCACACAUGUACACACCCACACACAUUUAUCUAUACAUGCUGGCUUAAGCCAGCCUCUUGUCUUGCAGAUGUAGAAAUUGUUGCUUUGUUUCUCUGAUAAAACUGGUUUUAGACAAAAAUAGGGAUGAUCACUCUCUUAGACCAUGCUAAUGUUAAUAGAGAAGAAGCAUUCUUUUCUUUCUUCUAUGUGAAACUUGAAAUGAGGAAAAGCAAUUCUAGUGUAAAUCAUGCAAGCGCUAUAAUUACUAUAAAUAAGAAAAUUCAAGAAGAUUCAAUCACUGUAUAGAAUGGUAACGUACCAACUCAUUUCUUAUAUCAUAUUGUUAAAUAAACUGUGUGCAACAGACAAAAAGGGUGGUCCUUCUUGAAUUCAUGUACAUGAUAUUAACACUUAGUGUUCGGGGGUUUUUUUGUUAUGAAAAUGCUGUUUUCAACAUUGUAUUUGGACUAUGCAUGUGUUUUUUUCCCCAUUGUAUAUAAAGUAUCGCUUAAAAUUGAUAUAAAUUACUGAAGUUUUUAACAUGUAUUCUGUUCUUUAAGAUCCCUGUAAGAAUGUUUAAGGUUUUUAUUUAUUUAUAUAUAUUUUUGGAGUCUGUUCUUUGUAAGACAUGGUUCUGAUUGUUCGCUCAGAGUGGAGAGGUCGGGGCUGCAGUCAUAGUUGCAGUGUGGGUGGCAGCUGGGAAGUGUCCCAGGCUUGUGACCACCAAGGGGAAAGGGGGAGGGGUCCCUGUGCAGAGUGAGGAGGCAUCUCAGCAUUGCCUUGCAUAUUCAGUACUCACAGGUGAAUGUCACCCAUGCCACAAGGGACAGUCACCGCUGGGUCAGAAACAGCACUUUGCCUCCAGCCCACUCUUCCUGUCCUCCUCCUCGUUGGCCAGCUGCCCCUGUGGGGAGGGCUCCUGCCCUUUUUUUUCAGACAGCCCCCCUUUCUCUACCCAGAUCCCACAAUCAAUGCAAAGGGUGCUCCAGGGACUUGAGGUGGUUCCUGACCUCCCCUCCCCAAAAGUUCAACAGGGAGGUUACCUCCAUCAGCCUGCCCCAUGUGGCCUCAUUAGGGCUUUGCAGGCCUGGUGCCACCCUGGGGGCUGCUACUUCAUGGUCUUACCCGCUCAUGAAGUCCAGUUACAGGUGCCCUUCCUGAGCAGGGCAUGGUAGCUCCUGAAUACUGUAAAUGUCACAUCUGAGAGGAGGACCACUGACGGGGGAACUCAACCCCUAGCCUGCUGCUCCCAGGGAACUUUUUUUUUUUUUUUUUAAAUACCUGUCUUCCAACAAAAGAGUGGUCUAGAUGGGGGUGGGGGCAGCUAAAUUUAGAAAUCAUGACCCAAAUAGCAUUCCUUUUGGCCUCUUAAGUUCACAGAAAUAUUUUCAAAAUUCCUGAUACUUGGAAAUCUAAAUUUGACAAAGCCUUUCAAGAUUAGAGUUUUGAAUGUAGAAUUUUGAAUCUUGGAUUUUAAUACUGUGGAUAAGACCAGGUAAGGAAUAGGCCACCAUCUAACAUCCCCCAACUAAGCGCUGUCCCAAGUCCUCCAGAGGUGAUGCUCCGCCCUUGUUCAGCUUGAUGGGUCCUUGCACAUUCUCGGCUCUCUUCAGAAUUCCCUUUGCUGCCGAUUGGGAAGCCCCAAGCCAUGUGUUCAAACAAGAAGAGGAACUGGAGCCUCAGAAGAGCUGCUCUCAGCCCCACUCAGAAGGUGGCACUUGGCAGUGUGCAGCCUUUUAAUGUGGGCAAUGGGGACAUCCUUUUCAGGUUAUCCUGAAGUUCAAAGCUAUGUACCAACCUCCUUGGAGUCUGCAUCCUGUGCAGUUGUCCAUCUGGAUGUCGAAGGAUGUGGCUGAGGGUGUGGGCUGUGGAUACUAUCCCUAAGUUUGUCCUAAGGAAAUUUCUGUAAGAGCUGGAGUGCCCAGACACUGUGUCUCAUGCUGUAUACUUAAGAGGAGAAGAAAAAAGUCCUAUAUUUGUGAUCAAAAAGAGGGAACUUGAAAUGUGCUGGUGUUUAUAAUAAAAGCUGGUAAAACUGCUUGGAUUCAAA